AUGAAGGGGUUAUUGCUGAUAGAGCCGCUGGUAGCCUUCUAUGCCUUCGCCAAUUUCCUGGUGUAUCCUCUGGUACCGCAGUAUGUCUACAGGAGGCUAUGGCAGGAGCUGACAAACACCACCUACCCUGUCUCUGACAACACCACCUACCCUGUCUCUGACAACACAUCACGCUGCAAUCCCUCCAACACCAGCAGCCAGCAUGAGGAGGUCCAGAAGGCGGCGUCUCUCUUCUCCCUCUACACCGAGCUCUUCUCCAUGAUCCCCUCUCUGGCCGUCACCCUCAUCCUCGUCGCCUACAGCGACCAGCGCGGACGCAAGAUCACCAUCAUCCUGCCUCUGAUUGGCUCUCUGUUCUACGUGCUGUUCUUCCUGGCAGUCUCCUUCUAUGAACUUAACCUCUACCUCCUCAUCGUCUCGUCGUUCGUCAGCGCCCUGUUCGGGGGCUCGGGGACGUUCCUGGGUGGUUGUUUCUCGUACAUCGCUGACCUGUGUGAGGACGGACAGCAGAAGACCCUGCGUAUGGCCGGGGUGGACAUGGUGAUCGGCCUGCUGUCUGGAGUGGCCUCUCUCUCUACGGGAUACUUCCUCCGAGCAGCAGGCUUCAACUGGCCCUUCUUCACCUCUGCUCUGUUCCUGUGUUUCAACCUGCUCUACGCCGUCUUCAUCCUGGAGGAGACGCUCCAACGACCCCUGGACGGCCCCCUGGACGGCUCCCUGCGUCGCACCGCCAUGCAUCAGCUGGCCUCCGGGGUCUACCAGCUGUUUGCAGGGGCCAGCAGGAGGCGCAACAUCCUCCUGAUCCUUCUCCUGCUCCUCUUCGGCUCCUUCUCCUUCGCCAACAUGGGCGGGCUCUCCAUGAUCACGCUGUACGAGCUCAACCAGCCUCUGUGCUGGAACGAGAUCCUCAUUGGCUACGGCUCUGCGCUGUCCAUGACGGUGUACCUGACCAGCUUCGUGGGAGUGACGGUGUUCUCUCGCUGUGGCGUGCCCGACCUCGUCAUCAUUCUCAUAGGGAUCCUGAGUGUCGUGGUGGGUAUGACCCUGGUGACCUUCGCCAAGACCACGCUCAUGAUGUUCCUGGUGAGGCUUCCGAUGCUGCUGGCCAUCAUGCCAUUCCCCGUGCUGCGAUCCAUGAUGUCGAAGAUAGUGUCGAAGACCGAGCAGGGAGCGUUGUUUGCGUGCUUGGCGUGCCUGGACAGUGUGAACAGCAGUGUGGCGAUUGCUGUGUUCAGUAGUCUCUACGCUGCCACGGUAACCUGGUACCCUGGAUUCUGCUUCCUGUUGUCUGCUGGACUCUGUGUCAUCCCCUUGGCCCUGCUAGUGAGUGUGGGGCUGCUGGGGGUGGAUGAAAGUAAAGAGGCAGAGGUCCUCAUCCCAGAAGAGGAAGGUCUGGCCGGAGACGAUGACCCUCUCCUCACCUGAGGCUGGUGAGGCAAGACUAGAAACUUUGUCCUGGAGCUCUUUGAUUUGUUCUUUCUAUCUCACUCUUCCUCUGUGGGUCUCUUCUGGUGCCCACUGUAGAUCUAUACUUAAUAUGGGGCGGCAGCGUAGCCUAGUGGUUAGAGCGUUGGACAAGUUCAAAUCCCCGAGCUGACAAGGUACAAAUCUGUCGUUCUACCCCUGAACAAGGCGCACUGUUCCUAGACCGUCAUUGAAAAU